UGAAAACAAAGUGGAUAAUAUCUCUGCCUCCAACCUCAAGAAAACAAUCUCUGCUCCUCACUCUCACUUGCACUACCACCACUUCACUCCACUCGGCGCGCCAUGGCCACCCUUGCCAAGCACCUCAUCCUGUGCUCCACCGCCACUAGCUCCUCCUCCGCGUCGUCGCCGGGCUCGCCGUCCGCUUCGGCGCGCCGCCGCGGGACGACGACGUCGCCCGCGGACGCGGCGGCGGCGGCGGAGAGGCAGCGCGCGCCGCCGGGGUCCGCGACGCGCCGCCUCGCGGUCGCCGCGUCGACGGCUCUGGCCGCCACGGCGGCGCUGUCGGCGCGGCGCCCCGCGGCUCCGCCCCCUGCCAUGGCGGCGGAGGCGGCCGCGGUGCCCUCGCCGCCGCCGGGCCCCGGGACGGUGCCGAGGUGGGGGACGAGGUCGUACGUGAGGGAGCGGUUCUUCGAGCCCGGCCUGACCGCGGAGGAGGCCGCCGCGCGCAUCCGGCAGACGGCGGAGGGGAUGCGCACGCUGCGGCCGAUGCUGGAGACCAUGUCGUGGAAGUACGUGCUGUUCUACGUGCGGCUCAAGUCCAAGUACCUCGACCUCGACCUCACCACAGCCAUGGCCGGCGUCCCCGAGGCCCGCCGCUCCGACUACGUCCGCGUCGCCAACGAGCUCGUCGACAACAUGACCGAGUUCGAUCGGUUCGUGCGGACGCCCAAGGUGUACGAAUCGUACCUGUUCUACGAGAAGACUCUCAAGUCGCUGGAUGACGUGACUGAGUUCCUAGUGUGAUUACUGUACAUAUCCUAUGUAUAGUUACAGGAAGAACUUAAUUAUGUACUACUACUAUCGUUCUUUAUUUGUAAUCAAAUAUUAAGCUCGUUAAUUAAUCAGACAAAAUUGGAUAGUCAUUUUUUUUCACUUGUAUUUAUGCAUCUAACCCAAA